AUGCGUGAGACUGGCGCCUCGACGCCCCGCAGCCGCACUGGACUUAGGUUCAGGGAGAGACUCAGCAAGCUCGUCCAAAGACCAUCAUCUGCCUCUGGCAAGUCUCAUCUGAACGUCCCCGAGCUCUCGAGCCGAGACUCCUCUUCAGUGCUCAGCAUCAAGAACAGCAUAUCAGAUGGCGUCAACACCGCUUCAGAAGACUCCGUCCAAAAUAAAGCUACGUUGUCUCUUACAGAGGCCUCGACCGCCGUGUCGCCACCGUUCGAUGCAUCGAUGGGAGAUGUUUCUAGCACAACCACCUCCAUGAAUGGCCAUGUCACGCAGAUAUGGCACAGAGCUUUAGAGGCGGUCAUGAGGGAUGAAGAAGUGAAAGAAGCAGCCAUUCUGUUUGACAGCCUUCUCAAGGAACACAUGAAGCAAGAACAAGCUUCUUCGACACAACCAAAGAGCUCCUCGGAGCAAGACCCGAAGAAUAUGGAGGAUGCUCUCAGCCUAGUCGAUCGCACUUUGCAAGACGCAACGAAAGCUCAACAAGCACUGGAUACCACCUUGGGCGUAUUCGCCGUCGUAAAAGGACUAAGUUCGUUUGUGGGAUCUAUGCUAUCAGAAUGCCCACCCGCAGCUCUAGCUUGGGCUGGAGUUUGUGCCUGUAUUCCAAUCAUUGCGGCGCCUAUAGAACAACAUCAGAGUAUGAUCAAGGGCCUCAGACACAUCUACGCUCGGGCGCCCAUCUAUUUCGACCUGACCGGCAAUCUUCUCCAGAAUGGAGCCCAUAGCUCUGACUUAGGAAAUUCAAUCCGCACCAACAUCCAACCACUCUACGAAGGCAUUUUGAAGUACAUAAUGCUGAGCAUUUGCUCAGUCCAUCGCGGAAAAUUCAGUCGUUUCUGGGAAGCCAUCUCUGGCCAGGCUCAGUGGGAAACCCUUCUCAACAACAUCGAAAAAGCCGAAGAGAGUUCGUUACGAAACAUACAAACGAUUCACGGGUCCAAACUUCUGGCCGUCACCGCUCAUUUCAGCGAGAGAUACACAAGGGCAGCUGACCGUGAGGAAGAUCGGCGCAGACAUGAAUAUCUCCACGAACUGAAGGGGAUGGAUUAUAAAACUCGUCUAAAGACCACUGAACGUCGACUUGAUGGAACCUGUCAAUGGUUUCGCCAACACCCUGGGUUUAGAGGCUGGCUGGACAGCGAUGGUGGCCUACUUCUGGUCUCGGCCAGUGCCGGCUGUGGCAAGUCUGUCCUCGCCAAGUACCUCAUCGAGGAAUUGCUUCAUGAGGAAGACGAUAGCGCGACUAUCUGCUAUUUCUUUUUCAAAGAUAGCGAUCCGCAAGCAAGAAGCAGUUUGAAUGCUUCUAAAGCAAUUCUUCAUGGUUUUCUCAAGUCAAACCCUGAAAUGGUAGAUACCUGCAUGGAGGAACUGCCCAUAAUUUCUGAUAACGUCUCCAAUACGGACUUGUGGUCUGCAUUCGACAAAUUGUCAAGAGCGCAAGGUGCAGGAAGAAUCAUCUGCGUGUUGGACGCACUUGAUGAGUGUGAUCCAACUGAACGGGAUGGCUUGAUCAAUAGUCUCAAAGGCUACGUCAUCAAGAACCACAGCACAAUAGGCGCGAAGUUUAUUGUUACAACCCGAGGGUAUCCACAGAUUGUCAACUUGUUCGCCGACUUCUCUUCCAACAAGAUCCAUUUAGAUGGCGACAGUGAUGAAGAAAAGCGCCAAAUACAGAAGGAGAUCAGCAUUGUGAUGGACCAUCAAUUGAACAAGCUGGAGACGACAGUGCCGGACAUCAGCCCUGCUACAUUGGAUGUUAUACGCACAGGACUGAUCGAGAACAGCACAGAACAGAGGACAUAUCUGUGGUUGCAUCUCAUGUUUGACUACAUUCACAAGAAUAGGUUUUGUACCAGGGAAGAAUGGCGAGAAAUCUUCCGCAACCCUCCCGACACUGUCGAUCGAACUUAUGAAGGACUCUUGCAAAGUGUUACGCCACAAGCGAAGGAAAGAGUGCGCACUCUCUUGGCUCUUAUACUGGCUGCGCAGCGACCGCUAAGUAUUGCGGAGCUCAGUACUGCUGUCAACUGUCGAAUCAACACACUCGAGUCACGACGUUUUGAUCUCGAUGAUGUCCCAGACGAAAAGGAGUUUGGAUCUUGGAUGCGAUGGGAAUGUGGCUCUUUUGUCACCAUCUAUGAAGGAAAAGCCUUCUUGAUUCAUCAGACUGCCAAGGAAUUCCUUUUAGAAACGACAAAGACCGCCCGUGGGGGUUGGCAAGGUUCAAUGACGAAACACGUCAUACAUCAAUUUAUGGCCGAGUCUUGCAUAUCAUUUCUCUCACUCGAAAAGUUCCAACGACAAGAAUAUGCCGUUUCUGUGCAGACCAAAAUACCAUGGGCGGAUGAGGAUCGGACAGAAAGAUUUCUUAUUCAAGAUGCCCUGAGAGAUCGCCAUCUUGAAGCUUGCCGCUAUCUUGAAGCUCGCCAUCUUGAACCUUUUGUCGUUUAUUCAGCGAUGAACUGGAUGCACCACUUUAGGCAAUGCCAGCAAUCUGGUCUCUCUGACCGCCAAGUCACAGACGUUGGCAAGGAAUUCUUUGACCUCUACCUCAGUCUUUUCACGAAAAAACGCGCGGAAAGCUACAUAACAUGUGGUGAAUGGAGGCAGCGAGCAUGGUAUCUCAUGCUGAUGGCUUCGAAACCUCCUGGAAUAUCUUCACAAAUGGAAAUUACGCAGAAAGAAUACCAUUUGUUGUCGCCAGAGACUCUCGCAGUCUCAAGUCUUGCUUGCAUCUUCGAUCAUAGGCGUCUUCUAGUUUUCGCCUUGGAUGUGCUGGGAGAAGAAACCAUCCAUACAGCCAAUGAUCUUGCCACUGAGUUCAUCAAUACCAGGCCCGGUCUCUCGCUUCCCCAUUUUGCGGCUUGCGGAAACUCGUCGUGGUGCCUGAGCCAUCUUCAAACCCGAGGACACAAUCUAGACCUUCAAGAUUUCGUUGGUCAAACACCACUUCAUAAGGCCAUGAUGAUGGGCAAUGAACAAGUGCUUGAAGUUUUACUGAAGUUCGGUGCUUCGAAAAUUAGCUUGGACUGCUCUAACAUGACACCCCUAACCUGGGCCUUGAUAUCCAUGCCCGGUUGGAUCAAAGAAUAUAUUGCGUCUAGUGACAGCGCUGAGUCUGAGCUGCGCUCACUUCUAUACUUUUCCGCCACAUCAGAACUUCCAGGCUACGGAGACAAGAUGAGACAGAACUGGAUAACAAAGCUUCAGAAGCUGCGCGAACUGCGUUCAAGUCACAGACGCGCUGCUCGGUUGCGUCGCGAUGUCACCAAAUACUCUCCGCUACGCAUACGCAACGAGGAGCCUAACAUGUUUGCUGGUCACUUUGGAAACCUAUAUGACAACUCUUGUAACGCCCUGCAUCUCAGUGUCCAAGACGAGAAGAGAAUCCACAACACGUUGGAAUUGCUCAAACAUCAGGAGAUGGUUCAUGCAGCCGAUGACUUUGGAAAUACUCCACUUCAUACAGCGACAUUGGCAGACAAUGUCUCUGCCAUACGGGUCUUACUUGAUGCUGAACUAGACCGCUCUGUUGAUUAUAACUGCAAGGGAGAAAGGGGCGAUACCCCAUUGCACACGGCAUGUAAAAAAGGGCAUCGCCUUGCGGCCGAGGUUCUCCUACAAGCGGGGGCAGACCCGUAUAUUCGAAAUGACGACGGCUUAACGGCUGUAGAAGUCGACCGGCCGCCACAUCUCGGCGUUGGACUAGUGGAGCUGAUCCGCAAACGGGACGAAGAUGACCUCUGA